AUUAUUAUUAUUUAACUGCGGAUAAUAAUGUUUGUGUGAGUAACGGCUGAGCUUUAAAGUCACGUAAGAUUGAUGGCAAACAGUCAAGCGACGCUAACGUUACUUCCUGAGUUUAGGGAAGGGGCUUGGUCCCGUGCCCGCGCCCCGCGAACGCGCAUCAAAUUAGCAUCGAUGAAGUUUGUGCGAACAUGGCGGAUUUCCUGCCGACGAGGUCCGUGUUAAAAGUUUGUCUGCCCGUCUGCCUGCUGAACAACGGCGAGGUCGAGCAGCUGCGAAAGUCCAAAGAGAUCGACCGAUGUCUCUCCCGGGAGAAAACGUACGUGAAACGGCUGGUGAAGAUCCUGCUGCUGGGCGCUGGCGAGAGCGGCAAGUCCACUUUCCUCAAACAAAUGCGGAUCAUCCACGGCCAGGACUUCGACCAGCAAGCCCGGGAGGACUUCAAAGCCACAAUCUACAGCAACGUUAUCAAAGGUGUACGUGUGUUGGUGGACGCCCGGGAGAAGCUGCACAUCCCGUGGGGUGACCAGGACAACCAGCAGCACGGGGACAGCCUCAUGGCGUUCGACACCCGGUCGGCCAAGAUGGCCAGCGGGCAGCUGGAGACGUCCGUCUUCCUACGCUACCUGCCGGCCAUCAAAGCUCUGUGGGAGGACUCGGGUAUCCAGAACGCCUAUGAUCGUCGCAGGGAGUUUCAGCUGGGUGAGUCAGUGAAGUAUUUCUUGGAUAAUCUGGAUAAGCUCGGCGAUCCGGAAUACCUCCCCACUCAACAGGACAUCCUGCUAGCCCGUAAACCCACCAAGGGCAUCCACGAGUACGACUUCGAGAUCAAGAGCGUUCCCUUCAAGAUGGUGGACGUAGGCGGGCAGCGGUCGGAGCGGAGGCGCUGGUUCGAGUGUUUCGACUCGGUGACCUCCAUCCUCUUCCUCGUCUCCUCCUCUGAAUACGACCAGGUGCUGAUGGAGGACAGGCAAACCAACCGGCUGCGCGAAUCGCUCAACAUCUUCGAGACCAUCGUCAACAACCGCGUCUUCGUCAACGUCUCCAUCAUCCUCUUCCUCAACAAGACGGACCUGCUGGAGGAGAAGGUGAGGAACGUUCCGCUUAAAGACUACUUUCCUGAAUACACCGGGCAGGAGCACGACCUGGCGGACGUCCAGGCGUUCAUGGUGGAGUGCUUCCGAGCCAAGAGACGCGACGGCACCCAGAAGCCCCUGUACCACCACUUCACCACGGCCAUCAACACGGAGAACAUCAGGCUGGUGUUCCGGGACGUCAAGGACACCAUCCUCCACGACAACCUCAAACAGCUCAUGCUCCAAUGACCCCUGUCAACCUGUGAAAGUAGAGGACCUGAAUGGGGACGAACCACCCCCUCGCUCCUGAUGAGUACUUGGGAGAGACCAGCCUCAGAAGAAUCCGAUAAAUGACAGCAUUCUUCUUUAGCCGUUUUUAUAUUAGUUUUUACUCUCCUCUUUGAAGAGUUGGCCUUCUUGUUAGUUCAGGGUUUGGUAGGGGAACGAGUCAGUAGGACAGACUGUCUGUGCUUAUAAAGAAAGACGAGAAGGCAGUUCGGAUGUUCGAUAACAUCUUUGCUGCUUCAUCUCGAGACUCUCUCCUCUGGCCUGAGCUCUGCCUUACAGCACAAGACUCUCGGGGGGAGGGGGGCUUUUCAACUCACAAGGUGUCGGUGCUGGCACCAGUGCCGGUGCCUGGCUGUGGAAACCAGCAAAACAUUGUUUUAUUCUAAUUUUUUUUUUUUACAAAACCAGGCAUUUGGUUUCUAAACCAGAUAUACAACAAGUCGCAACGCACCAAAAACAAACGUGGUGAACAAAUAACAGAGUUAGAUGGUCAACACCAAAGAUCAUCUGUGCCAGUCUGUGUUCAAGCACUGAAUUCAUUUAAUCCAAAAUCACUCCAUCAUUUCUGUUGCUCUCUCCAGUGCUGCUUUGUGAGUGUUGAAGCCCUGUAGCUUAUACAAGGGGUUUGUUAACUUGCUGAUCAUCUGGAGAUUGCAUUGUCUUUUUUGGGUUUAUUUGUUUUUUUUUCUGCUUCUAUCUCUGAUAUUGCAGCACCGUUCCUCCCUCCUUCCCGUCCCAGCUACCACUUUUUUUUUCUUGGUUUGAGCAGAUCGAAAAGUACCGGCACAGAGCCAAUUUCGCCGGGACAAGAACCAGUUUAUUGAUUGUGAAAGUGCUCAGAAUGGUUAAUAAUUUGAUGCUGAAUUGGUUCCAGCACUGGCACCUUGUCUGUGGGGAGAAAUGCUUGAAAAGGGCGAGACUGAACCUACAAUGCCUUUCCGUAUAAUGUCUUAAGGAGACCUAAUCACUGUUUAAAUCCUGCAUUUGUGCCUAUGUGUCUCUGUAGAGUUAAAGUCGAUCUUAGAUUUUUGAUUUUUGUUUUGGGUUGUUUAGAAGGCAAAAUUACCUUCAUUGGCACAUUAGGGCAGGUGUGCCAACAAGUGAACAUGCAGUCCACUGUUUUCUCAGGGUUGAAUCAAAACCGGCAUUAAUGUUGAUGUCAUUGUUGGUGAACUAACUGAAUAAACUAAUCUUUAUCUGGUUGGCAGAGCGGUGAGACUCAGUCAGGCCUCAGUACAGUUAGCUAGGUGGUGUUUGGUACUGUAUCCUCCUGGCUUUGACCCCUGAACUUUAACCCAGACUCCCAACUCUCUAUCUCUCUCUUUUUGUUCUCAUCUCUGAUUAGAUGCCUUGUAAAGGGACAGACCUCCCCUGUUUGCCUGAAUGAUGAAUGUCUGUUGAUAGAUGUACAGAUUUGCUCUAGAUUGUCUGAAUAUACUGUAACCGCCGUCGUUAUGGUAAGAUUGUAACCUGUAUAUCUGUGUUGGCACUGAGUUGUGACUCCAGGCGUCUCUGAAAAAGCAAUCUUGUGCUGUUUAGGAGUUCCCUUUUUUUUUUUAAAAAAGAAAAAGAAAAAAUACAUUAUGAAUUUUGUAGGAAAAAAUGUGGAUGGAAAUAAAAAGCUACUGGAGUUGUCAGCUUUUGUCAGCAACCGUAUUCGGUAGGGGCCAAUCUUUGUUAGAGGACGACUUCCAGGCACUGUUAAAAUCUGUGUUCGUCUGCCCAAUCCCCCCCCCCCCCGUGCUUUCUGUUCACACGGACAGUUUGUAGUUCUUCACCAAAAUUAAAGCUCCUGUGAGCUUCAGUUUGCUUCCAGUCCUUUGGCUUUUGUAAAUACUGUAAUCUGUUGCCAUGUAAAUAAUAUUCAGGUUUAUCUCCAUAUAUGUAAAUGGUUGUAGAAAUGGUGUAUUUUUUUUUUUUUUCCCAUUCUGAAUGUGUUUCAAAUCACUGCGUUUUCCAAUGAAGAUGACCUUUUUGCUGUAGAUGUAUAUCUGUGUAAUUUCUUUCAUCACCUUUCUUUGAAAUUAAUUCCUGUGCCAAGUCUCAUGCCACUCUAACCCUAUCAAUAAAAUACACUUUUCUAAUGAAA